UAAGCUCUUUUUCAGUUAUUUAUUUAUUCAUCCACCAACAUUUUUCUAAUUUAUUCUGGAAGGACAAUUCUCUUUAUUUUUUGGACGAUCUGCUAUUUAUUUCGUCUAUUUUCUAUAGAACCUAAAAAAUAGUCUAAACCUGAGGUAGAGCUAAUUUUCUUUAUGACCUUAAAGUCUACUAAGAAAAAAUAAAUAAAGAAAAAACUAAAAAUUAUAGUAACGACCAAUAAUUUAAGCCACAGGGGUAGAAAAAUAAAAUUCAUAGGAAAUAAAUAAACUCUAAGCCACCCGCCAGCCAAAACUGACAUAAAAAUUAAAAAUGUUAUCGGAAUUAAUAUAUUAAUUCUCUCAGCUAAAAUUAAAAGAUACCGGUUACCCAUGUUAUUAAAGAAAGAAAAAUACAAAAGGCGAACGGAGUACGUUAAUGUAAACAAUGUAGAUAAAACUAUUAAGCAUCCCAUAAUUAAAUUUAUUUUCCCUUGAAAAAAAAAUUCAAUAAUUAUGUCCCUAGAAAAAAAUCCUGAUAAAAAAAUAAAUUCGUCUAUUUUCGUCUAUUUUUGGAUAAUAAAAUAAUGGAGAUUAUUUACAGGGAUAUAACAGAAUUUGCGGAGUUAGUUAGCUUGGUUAAAUAGGAAUAUUUGUGGUUAUAAUAGGACUAAUAUCCUAUGCCGGAAUCUAGUGAAGUUGAGCACGUAGGCAAGUCCGGAAGUAGAAGUUGUAGUCUGGUGGAGGAGGAUAACGUUUAUAGAUUUGUUCAACUCUUUGGGUCACGGUCAGCCACACAUAAUAAGGAAUGGUACGAGAUUUCACGCUGGGUUAAGUAUGAACAAGACCUGGAUGAGAUUGGACGUCUCGGCCCCCCACACGUGGCUCCCAUGUCGUACUGUUUUACUUCUAAAUUGCUCCGUUUAAUAAAAAAUAGAUGUGUACUCUUGCUCGACCCACCAGACGCCGAACUACCCACCAUAUUUCGAAACUUGGUGGAUGAACUUCUCGUCAAACAACUUGCCGAGGGUGCCGAACUGGAUGACAUAUUCCAAGACUUGCUACUAUUCGUAAAACCAGAAAGUACACUUCAAGGCAGGAAAGGAUCCACUGCUACUAGAAUUCGAAGGGAUUCGAUCAGAUUCCUCUCCGGUAAGGGAAAGGGGGAUGAAGAGCGUGAUAAAUUACCGAGGAAAGACAGCAUUCAAAUGAGGAGACUUGUCCGCCAAAAUACAUCCAUUCAACCCCCCAGGAGAGAUAGAGUGCUCAAGAGAAGGGGGACAUUUUCCGGCCUUGCAAAAUUCCUGCAGGACAACGAAUCUUCGUCAAAAGACGAUGGAAAAAGUAGACGCCGAGUUUCUGCCCAAAUUGAUGACAAGGAGGGCACCCUCAUCCUCUUGAGGAGGGGAUGCACCACCGCGGCAAUGGCUUUGGUCAGAUUUUCUAACUCUGCAUCGUCUGGUGGAGAAGGGAGUUUGAGAAAUCCCUACCGUUUUCUUAUUAUUUUCCUCUGUCCACAAGGAAUGGAAGAAGAAUUUACAGAAAUUGGAAGAUCCCUGGGUACCUUAAUAAGUGACAAUAAAUUUAACAAGGCCAUCCUCUCUGCCCAAAAUGUGGAAGGAAUCCUCACCACUUUCUCCUCCUUUUUUGACCGCUGCAUCAUCCUACCCCCUGGAAUAGGGUACACCGAAAACUUCGCCGAACUACUUCCACUCCACAUUCUGCAGGAAAAGGAAAUCCUAAUCCUCCAGAUAAGGGACAAAGAUCAUCGCCUAUCUAGUUUCGAUAGCAUGGAUCCAGCAAUAAUGCCUUUGCACACACAAACCAAUGAAAAUGGUGCGAAUAUUAAUUCAUUAAAAUCUCCCGAAAUUCGGACAUCCUUUUCCCGCCAUCAUUAUAAAUUAUUCGGCGGAAUGAUUGACGAUCUCAAACAGAAGAUAUUAUUCUACAAGUCUGACUUUGUGGAUGGUUUGAACUCACAGACUCUAACGACAACAAUUUUCCUCUAUUUUUCCACCAUCGCGCCGAACGUGACGUUCGGAGGGUUACUCGAAGAAAAAACUGCGGCCUUUAUCGGCAUGUCGGAAACCUUAGUGGCGGCGUCAUCUUCGGGCAUAAUUUUUGCCCUGUUGGGCGGACAGCCGUUAAACGUGAUCGCUCCAACGGGCCCCCUCCUCAUUUUUGACGAACAAUUGUUCCUGUUCACGGAAAUGCAUGGAAUCGAGUUCCUCCCAGCUAGGGUCUGGAUCAGUUUGUGGGUGCUGAUUACCACCGUCGUGGUUACCCCGGUGGGAGGAAGUGCCGUCGUGAAAUACAUUUCGCGCUUCACGAUCCGUUAACCGAAAAUUCCGGGGAAGUAAAUUCC